AUGGCUCGUGACCAGAUUACUGUGCGCAGCGGCAUGGUGAGCGUGAGCGACGGCAAGAGCCGGCCGCAGCCCAUGCGCCUGCACCUGUCCAUGGAGGUGCUGAAGCUGCAGAAGGAGGCGGCGUCACCCGUCAACCACAACUGCAACAGCCGCCAGUCGCCCGUCGACGCGCGGGUAAGGCAAGCUGCCGACGCGGGCAAUAAAUCUGUAAUGUGUGACUCACAAUUAUAUCUUGAUUAA